GGGGGUUGGCUUUGCCCAUGGGAGCGUAUCACCUUGAGGGAAAGGGAGAAGCUGAUAAAGAACUGGACGACAAAAAGACUCAGCUGUUUGUUUGCCUGUCACACAUCCGUUUUGUUGGCUGAUGAAAGAACAAAACUCCUACGUUGUAAAGGCACUAGUGAUGCAAUGAGCUCCACCUAUAGACACUUAAGUUGGGGGGUGGAUAAAGAUAACUUGCAACAGUAUGAACAAUCCGAAUGGGACAGGUUAAACAAGCUCCUUCAACACCAUGGCUUCAAAGCAGUCCAGCUUGCAGAUCCACGAACGACUAAAAACUGGAGAGAUAUGGUUCUUCUGGAUAAACAGUCAGUCGUGGAAAUAAGCAAGAUGGUGAGCACUUUAAUGAAAGAUGCAGAACGACGACAAACUUUGAUCUGUGAUCUUAUUCAGUCUAAUAGGGAAUUGAGGAAUGAGCUUUGCCAAUGGCAGAGUAAAAUGUCUUCCAAAGAACAGUGUACAUCUAAUGCAGAGCAACUCCAAGAUGCUGCUAAACUGAAAAUUCAGGAGAUGCAAGGUGACUAUUUUGUGAAGUGUUGUCGCCUGCAAAAGCAAGUUGAGCAACUGCAGCAUGAUGAACAAGAUAUGCAGAUACAGCUUCAGCAGUUGAACCAAAAUUUACAAGAGAAAGAGAAAACAAUUGUGCGAUUGAAGAAAAAGUUGUACAUGAUUGUGACUGAGGAAGAACAGCACAUUGAACGACAAAAUAAACUGUUCCUACAGUUUAAUAAGCUGACUACCAGAGCGCAGACUACAUCAAAUAAAAAUACUCGAAAAAGUGUAUUUGAAGACAUUCCCAGAGAAAGAAAAGAGCAAUUAGGAAACAAUAGGAAACAGAAAUAUUCAGUCCUGGAUGAGAUCCCAGAAGGCAAGGUAUUGAUAAAGGCCUGUGAAGACCAUUUAAAAGGAACAAGCUACAGAAAUCAUCAAACUUUUAAGAAAAAUCAAAAUUUUCAAGUCAUUGAAAGUUUCACAGGUAGCAGCUGUCACGCUGAGAAUGAAGAAGAAUUUAUCAGUGCUAAGGUUGAAGCUGUAGAUUCCAUGCAGGAAGCUGCCUGUAAAAGAUUACUCGAGAAUAUUUGCAAAGAAUUGGGAGUCACUGAUGUAAAUUAUCUUCUACCUGUGGUUUGUGAGAGGUCUUGGUUCACAGCAGCUCAUUCCAGACUACAGAAGGGAUGUAAGAGUGCUUCACCGCAAACACUGGAGGCUAUUGUAUCUCAUUUCCAAAAACUGUUUGAUGUGAGUUCUCUCAGUGGAAUCUAUCCUAGAAUGAAUGAAGUAUAUUGUAAACUUGGUGAGAUGAACAAUGCUAUGAAAAAUCUCCGACAAGUUUUAGGGUUGGCUGAAACCACACCACCUAGUGUGUUAGUAAAUAUGAUUGGAAAACUGUGUUCUCUUGUCAAUGCUGACACCUACAGGCAAGUGCAGCGACUUCUGGACACUCAGGAUGUAGACAGCAUAAUCACUAAAUUGGAAGAACAUGAAGAAUUCUUUCCAGUAUUCUACACUGUUUUUAAGGACUUGCUUCAGAUAUUGGAGGUAGACAGUAUGGAUCAUGUUUUACCAGCAGUCUCUGCACUCAAGCUGAAAACCAGAUAAAAUAAAGCUCAGCAUAAUAAGCAUCUCUAAUGGAAGCCACUCAAGUCUUCAGUUUUACAAUAUGUUAUAAGACUGUACAUUUUUUUCUAUUUUUGGACAUACUUGGUAAAAUAAAUUUAAUCAGGUUUGUGAAACA